AAAUAAAUGGAGUGGAAGGUCAGCAAAAUAGGCAAACGGUGAUUCCUCACUGAUAUUAUCCUUAGAUCUUCGCUGAUAUAGCUUGCGUGGUAUAGAAAUUGUUGGAUGGCUAUGUCUCCAUUCGUUGAAGGGUGGGACUUCGUAGAAACGCUUGGCGAAGGGGCAUACGGCGAAGUGAAGCUUGCUGUAAAUAAAGAAUUACAAGAGGCUGUUGCUGUGAAAAUCAUUGACUUAGAUCGAGUAAAAGAUGUCAAAGAUGCCAGUACUAAUGUCAAGAAGGAGAUCUGCAUCCAUCGAAUGCUGCAAGAYGUCCAUGUGAUAAGGUUUUAUGCUCAAAGAACAGAAGGAAGCAAGCAAUAUCUGUUCAUUGAGUAUGCAUCUGGAGGAGAGCUGUUUGAUAGAAUAGAACCAGACGUUGGAAUGCCACAGCAUUUAGCUCAAAAAUAUUUCAAGCAACUCCUUGCUGGUGUGGAAUAUUUGCACCAGCAAGGUGUGACACACAGGGAUAUCAAGCCUGAAAACCUUCUUUUAGAUGCUGAUGAUAACCUUAAGAUUAGCGAUUUUGGCUUUGCCACAGUAUUCAGAUUUAGAGGAAAAGAAAGAUUGCUUGGGAAAUGCUGUGGAACUCCUCCUUAUGUAGCACCAGAAGUUCUUUCAAAGUGUGAUUACCGAGCUGAGCCUGCAGAUAUUUGGUCAUGUGGUAUUGUUCUUGUUGCAAUGCUUGCUGGGGAACUCCCAUGGGAUGAGCCAACGGUGAAGAGUAAAGAGUUUGUUGAUUGGCAGAAUAAUAAAGUAAACAGAACACCUUGGGUCAAAAUUGACUCUCYGCCAUACGCACUUUUAAGGAAAAUCCUAUUAGAAAAUCCUAAGAAAAGAAUAACAUUACAAAGUAUCAAGAAAGAUAGAUGGUUUAACAGAACGUUCACUGUUAGUCGCAGUCCUUCAUGUAGAGAUGGACCUAGUAGUUCUCCAUGUGAAUCUCCAUCUGGUACAGGCCCAUUCAAAAGACAGCGCUCAGAGACGGGAACUCCUGUUCUCAAGGAAAUCAAUAUUGAAGCUCCAAUUUCUGCGUCACAACCUGAGCCUCGUCAUCUAGAUAGUGGACUUGGUUCAGAUACUAAAGAUGAUGAUAAUACUGGAAAUGAAGGUCUAUGGUUUUCUCAACCCAUCCAUCCUGACCAUAUGUUGCUUAGCAGUCAGCUUCCAUGUACACCAGGAUCAUCACAGACACCAUUUCAAAGAUUAGUUAAAAGAAUGACAAGAUUCUAUAGCAAUAAAAACCAAGAAACAACAUUGAGAAAACUCAAAGAAGCCCUUGUGAAAUUAGGUUAUGAUUAUAAAACUAGUGGAUCUAAACAGCUUACAGUUGAAACAUUUGACAGAAGAAGAAUGAAAUUAAGCUUCAAAAUAAAUCUAGUUGAUAUGGGGUCUCUACUAGUAGAUUUUAGGCUGUCAAAGGGAGAUGGUUUGGAUUUCAAAAGACAAUUUCUUAAAGUCAAAGCAAGUGUUAAAGACAUCAUAGAAAAAUAAUAGGUUAACAUGUAUCACUUUCUAACUAUUCCAUGGGGAAGAAUAUAAAUAUUUAGUUGCUGUUAUUUUACAAAACCAAUUACAAUAACAUUGCCAAAUGUAAAAUCAAAAAUGCAAAAAAGAGCUAAUAAUUGUUAGAGUAGACAAAUCUGUGAAACUAAACAAAAAUAUUAUAAAAUGCUCAAUUAUGACAAUUGCUUUUUUUUUACCCUUAUGGUCAGCACUGAAUCCAACAAUGCCCAUUUUUUAUGGAUUGGGUCGCUAUAUUAGACCAAUAAAAAUUGUUACUGGUAGUUUAUAUUUUUAUUGUUAUCUUACAUGGCAAUGUUCUUAUAAUUUGGUGUGAACGAAAUAAAACUAAAAAGGAAAYAAGUUCACAUAUUAAGGUCAUCAUGCAUAUUUAAAAUAUAUGRAAGAAAAGAAGGAAGAAAAGAAGAAGAAAAAUGAGAAACUGUUUAUAUAGUAGACAAAUAGAGUAAUAAAGAUAUUAUAUUAUU